GAAUCUCUGCAACUGGUCAACUGAGAGAAGCAAUCAAAAAUGGAAGGAGGAAGUGCUUGGGGUCAUAAGGCAUGGAGGUUCCUAAGAGAAUUGAGAGAGCGAUCACCGCUAACCCAAUGCAUCACAAACUUCGUCUCCAUGGACUUGAUGGCCAACACCCUGCUCGCAGCGGGUGCAUCGCCUGCAAUGCUGCACUGCCUGCAAGAGAUACCUGACUUCACCCCUCAUGCACAUGCCCUCUGCAUCAACGUAGGUACUCUCUCCCCUGACUGGCUUCCUUCCAUGAAGUCCGCCGCUUCGUUGGUAACUCAGUUGGGGAAGCCCUGGGUUCUCGACCCCGUUGCCGUCUCGGCCUCCGAUUUCCGCAUGAAAGCCUGUCUCGAACUCGUUGAGCUUAAACCCACUGUUAUUCGAGGAAAUGCCUCAGAGAUCUUCGCUCUCUCCAACGCCUCCUUGGGACCCGAUAAGGGGGUGGACAGUUCCCACAGAUCACUGGAUGCAGUGGAAGCAGCUAAAUCCUUAGCUCAAGCAAGCAGUGCUAUAGUUGCAGUAUCUGGAGGUGUUGACAUUAUCACAGAUGGGCAGCAGGUGGUGGGUGUGCACAAUGGAGUGGCCAUGUUGCAACGGAUUACAGCUACAGGUUGUGCUGUUACAGCCCUCAUUGCUGCCUUUGUAGCAGUUGAUCCCUUACAUGCUUUUGAAGCCACAGCUUCAGCACUAUCCAUCUUUGGUCUUGCUGGUGAAAUUGGGAUGGACAUGGCUAGAGGUCCGGCUUCAUUGCGGAUGCACUUAAUUGAUUCAUUGUAUGGCCUUGAUGAAGCUACUGUAGUUUCUGGGGUCAAUAUCACAACCAUGUCAUAAGGUCUUAAGGAUCUCAAAUGAGAUGCAUGUUACCAAACAGGGGAUGGUUUCAGUUGGGAUACAUAUAUUUUGUCAAAAGAUAAGUUAGUUUACCGAACAAAAAAC